AUUCGCGCGAAAACCAACAAGCCCAUUAACCGACCACAAGCCAAUCGAACACUGAAAUUGAAACCCUAUGCAUUCUACUUAUCAUCCAUCCUAAUUCUCGUCCUUACAAUCUCCUUCAAUUUCCCCAAAACAAACUUCCUCAAAACCCAACUCCUAAAGCACACAUUCUCAUCACACCCCACCACCAUUGUCCAAAACCUGUUCGGCUUUCUUCAUCCAAUUAAAAAACCCCAACAAACCCAGCCGAUAAAUCCCACUCCCAAGCCCCUCAACUGUCUUCUAUGGAUGGCUCCUUUCCUUUCAGGUGGUGGGUACAGUUCAGAAGCUUGGUCUUACAUUUUAUCCCUUGACCAACACUCGAAAAACCCGAUUUUUCGAAUAGCUAUCGAGCAACACGGCGAUCAGGAAUCCUUGGAAUUCUGGGAAGGGUUGCCUGAAUAUGUCAGGAAAUUGGCAAUUGGGCUUUACAACACACGAUGUAGUAUGAAGGACACUGUGGUUAUUUGUCACAGUGAGCCCGGUGCUUGGAACCCGCCAUUGUUCGAAACACUGCCUUGCCCACCAGCUGCUUACCAAAAGUUCAAGUCCGUCAUUGGACGGACCAUGUUUGAAACCGAUAGAGUGAACGCGGAGCACGUGAAGCGCUGUAAUCGGAUGGAUUAUGUUUGGGUUCCUACGCAGUUUCAUGUGUCGAGUUUUGUACAAAGCGGGGUUGAUCCUUCUAAGGUUGUGAAAAUUGUGCAGCCUAUUGAUGUUAAGUUCUUUGAUCCGCUUGCGUAUGAGCCGUUGAAUCUUGCGUCUGUAGGGAAGUUGAUUAUGGGUAAGGCAACGCAGGAUUUGGAAACGAAGAAGAAAUUUGUGUUUAUGAGUGUGUUUAAGUGGGAGUACAGGAAAGGAUGGGAUGUGUUGUUGAAAUCAUAUUUGGAAGAGUUCAGUGAAGCAGAUGGCGUUGCUUUGUAUCUUUUGACAAAUCCUUAUCACUCUGAUAGAGAUUUUGGGAAUAAGAUAGUGGAGUUUGUGGAGAAAUCUGGAAUUGAAAUGCCAGUGACCGGUUGGGCUCCAGUUUAUGUGAUGGACACUCACAUAGCUCAAACUGAUUUGCCGCGAGUGUACAAGGCAGCUGAUGCAUUUGUUCUUCCAUCAAGGGGGGAAGGGUGGGGAAGGCCCCUCGUGGAAGCGAUGGCAAUGUCAUUGCCCGUGAUUGCCACAAAUUGGUCUGGGCCUACGGAGUAUCUGACUGCGGAGAAUAGCUAUCCAUUGCCGGUGGACAGGAUGAGUGAAGUAAUGGAAGGGCCUUUCAGAGGACAUCUCUGGGCAGAACCUUCGGUUAGCAAGCUUCGUGUUCUAAUGAGGCGCGUGGUGAAUAAUGUCGAGGAAGCCAAGGUAAAAGGGAAAAAAGCAAGAGAAGACAUGAUCAAAAGGUUCUCUCCUGAGAUUGUUGCAGAUAUCGUUACAAAACAUGUACAACAUAUACUUCAGAAGGUGAAUCGGUAGGAUGGCAUGAACAACGAGUCUAUAUUGCUUCUUGUGCUUGAAAUGGGGCUUACAAAUGGCUUUGUCGAAUCUGUUGGCAUGAACAACGAGUCUACAUUUUCAAGGCGUCGUUCGGAGGUAGUCGGAUGCUAUGAGGAGUCAGAAGUAUUUUUAUUGCAAGUGAUUUUACUGUAUUUGAAUGGUGCUACGGUGUAUGGAUUACUAGUUACAAAUUUACAAUUUGCUUGUUACAUGGGA